AUGUCAAAGAAGAGAUGUUUGAUGUCUGGUUCGUCCUUGGUGAUUCCUGAUCUUGGUACGAGAGUACAGGCGAUACCAAAUGAGUGGUUGAUUCAGGUGAAUUAA